AUGAAUCUCAUCAAAUACGGAUAUCGAAUUUCCCAAUCAUCCCAAUUCUCCCGCUCAAUUUCCUCCUCCACCACCCAUCAUCCCACCAUCUAUUUCACGGGAAUCCAACCAACCGGCAUCCCGCAUCUCGGCAAUUUCUUCGGAUCCAUCGAACCAUGGACAGAAUUACAGAAUACGGUAGACAAGGAGACACAAAUGAUGCUCUCGGUUGUAGAUCAACACGCGAUUUCAUUGGGACCACUUCCGGCUGAUCAGCUCCGCUCAAACACCCACCAAAUGACGGCGAGUCUCAUCGCGUGUGGUGUCGAUCCGAAGCGAACUCUCCUCUUCCGCCAAUCCGACGUCCCCCACAUUGCUCAACUCUCCUGGAUUCUCGGCUCACUUCAGACGACGUCAAAACUCGCACGUCUUCCACAGUAUAAGGAGAAACAGCAGAGAUUCAAAAAAGGCGACAUUCCAGUCGGUCUGCUCACAUAUCCAUUGCUCCAAGCAGCCGAUGUGCUCACAUUCAAAGCGACGACAGUUCCAGUCGGAGAGGAUCAAAGUCAACAUUUAAAUCUGCUCGGCGGCUUGGCGUACGCCUUCAAUAAGACGUACAACACGGAAAUCUUUCCGAUUCCGAAACAGUUGACACGCGAAUCGCACGCCAGAAUUCGAUCGUUGCGGGACCCAGAGAAGAAGAUGAGCAAAAGUUCUGGAGGCGAGAGGAGCAGGAUUGAGAUCACUGACAGCCGUGAGUCUAUCAUCGAAAAAUGCACGAAAGCACAAAGUGAUAAUGCUGGAAAAGUGACGUAUGAUAAGGAGAAUCGAUUGGCGGUCUCGAAUUUGCUCGAUCUCUACUCGGCCGUCACGAAAAUGCCGAUUUCCGAAAUCCAAUUCUCCGAAUGGACAACUCUCGAUUUGAAAAUGAAUUUGGCAGAAGCGAUCGAUAAAAAAUUGAAACCGAUUCGAGAGAAAUUCGACGAAUUGCAGAAGAGUGGGGAGGUCGACAAAAUCCUGCUGGAAAACGGCGAAGCGGCUUGUGAGAUUGCGGAGAAAAAUCUGAAAGAAAUUCGUCGAGUUGUUGGAUUCCUGUGA